AUGGCAUCAAAUGUUCCUGAGGGUGAGAUGGAAUCAUCUACUCCUCCUUCAUUACCUCCCAAAAUUAAACAAUCUUCUGUAAAAGAAAGCAAGGACUUUCUGUCUAGUAGCAUAGAGAAUGUUAGCCCAAAACCAAUUCCCAAACCACGCUCGAAACCUUCCAUGAAACAAUCACCAAUUGUCAGUCCAACAAAACCACGACCUACACCAAGGUCAAGGACUAGUGCCACAUCAAUAGGAAGUGCAUCCACUACAGAUCUUAGUUGUCUGGAUUUAAGCGCAAGUUCUGAUUUAAAUUCAGAGGUUUUGAGUGCAAGUGUGGAGCUUGAGUCAUCCGUUUACGAUAAUCCCAAAUCGGAAACAGUCAAGGAGGCUAUUUAUGCAAAUGAAGGAGGUCAACAUAAUCCGUUAGAAACUGAUAUCGAUAGUGAUAAGGUGUACGAAAAUACACCUUUCAAGCAAACAAAUUCUGUGUAUUCAAACGUGCCUUCUGCUGAACCCAGUUCAAACGUGCCUUCUGCUGAACCUAGUUCAAACCUACCUUCUGCUGAACCUAGUUCAAACCUACCUUCUGCUGAACCCUCUGAGGCUAUCUAUGCAAAUGAACCAAAUGACAUUCCAAAUACUGAAAAUUCAAAACCACAGCCUUAUACUGAAAGGUUUUCAUUGCCGAUGUACUUAAACAAUUCCGAGUCGACAAGUGGAUCAACCUUAAGGUCAUCGGAAGCAAUUUCUGUAAGGUCAUCAAUCUCAAGGACGUCAGGGGUUUAUAAUGUCGAAGAGCAGGAACGAAUAUAUUUAAAUCAGACGUCUGAAUAUUUUAGCUCAACUGAUAUUCCUAAUGAAAAGCAUGACACUGGUUCAAGCUCAGCCUAUUUAUUUGAUAAUGAUGUGCCGGUUCCGAAGCCUUGCUCACAACCUGGGAGUGAUGUCGAACGCUCAAGACAGUCUUCCACAGACAUUUUCCCCUUCUCACCGCCAAUCACUUAUGCAAAUGAGAGUCCAGAUGUGACAUCUUUAAAAUUUGAGAAUACCUUUGACCUCAAACCAGAAAGACUUUCAGAUUUUUUGAAAAGUGUCAAGGAAGAGCAUGAAAUUCAAACUACUACUGGUACUACAAGAACAACUUCUGAUGAAAUUGAUGCACUUACCAGAAAAAUGGAAAAGAUUGGAAGUGAUGAGCAAAGAUUAUCGUUAGAUUUGAAUAAGCAGACGUUAUCUGUCAAUCGUCCUGACCAGAGUUUAUCUAUGUACAUCAAUUCUCUCGGCUCCAGCUUCCCAGACGCAGACGACUUCGAAAACAUGAUCGAUUCAAAUCUGGAAAAGAAAAAAGAGGCCAGAACAAAAGAGACUGUCAGAAAUAAACAAUCAGAAAACACGAGCGUGAGAAGAGAAAAGCAUCCCUUCAAACGAUCUGACGCAAUUUCAGAUAACUCCCAAGAUGCAAUUUCUCCGUCCGCUUCCAUCAGAGAGCCAAUCAUAACUGCUGAAACAUCUGAUAGAUUUUCCGUCAAUACAGAAGAGGUGAUUUAUGAAGCUAUCUGGGUGGCGAAAACACAAGAAAAAGAAUCUCGGGAUAAACGCGAGAGUUCUACAGAUGAUGUAAUUGACGACAGUCUGAUGUCAUUUUCACCCAAUCGCGACUCCCCGCUGACCUUGGAAUUCGUCCCGAACAAAACCACAGUAUCUGAUAUGGAUGUGCCUAAAAUUCCAGAAAAACCAAAGGCAACCCCUGAAAUCUGGGGAGAAUAUGCAUAUCUUGAUCCAAAUGCUGUAUAUGUGACCCCACCCCCUCAUUUUCCACCUCCCCCUCUUCCAAAUAGAUCCAGCAUGCCAACUGCAGAGCCUCCGCCAUUACCAAAUGUUCCAGCGCCUUUGACAUCAUCUCAAGAAAUAUUCAAUGCACCCCCUGUUCCACCAAGACUUUUACAUGAAAUAAACAAAGGAUCGAAAUCGUCCAGUCCUGUUCCUUGUGGAAACUCAUCCAGCCCACAGCUAACUCCUAGCAGACCUGCUCCAGGUGUGCCAAGAUCUGUCAAAUCGAGAAGCCCGGUUCCAGAGCCUGUGAACAUACCAGAUAACAUCAAUGCCAAAUAUAGACCAGAGACACCAGAUUCAAAACUCAAACCAACGUUAACUGAAUCCAGUGACGAACCAACAUCUUACGUUGGUCAUGAUCCUGUAGAGCGACAAGACUCUGAUGUGUUCAAAGGAUUUCAAACCCCGAAAAUGGAAUUGUUUCAAGAUGAUCCUUUCAAAUAUUCUGAUUUUGCCACUGUUUGUGAAAAUUUCAAUAGGCCUUCUGGUUCAACAACUGAACAAAGUUUAACAAAGGAAUUAGCAUCUUGGGAUCCGUUUGGUACAAAUUCUACUUCUGAAUCGUCUGCCUCCUAUGACGAGAAGUCGAAAUUUGAUCCAUUUGGAUUGGACAGUGAUAAUGUUUCUGACCAAUCAGCAUCCAGUGACUGGUUCAAUCGAAUAUCAUUAAGUAAUGUCCCGCCUCCACCUGCAUCUAAAAGAGGUACUCCAAAGAAUUUGGGGUCAGAAUUCGCCGAAGCUUCUAAAACUCUGGAAAGCACAGACUGGACAGAAUAUUCUAUUAACCCAAGUUGUCUAUCUUAUCUUACUAUACCUACCAUGCCACGUUCUUAUCAGAUUUUAACGUGUUAUCAACUAGAUUUAUUAUCCUUAAAGUUCAGCUUUGAUAACACGGCAUGGAGGAAAUUAAAAUCAAAAUUAAGAAUUGUUAAAGCACAUUCAAAAUGA